AUGCGACACUCUGCGCAAAAGCGGCGGCUGCGGCUGCGGCCUUGGUCGUGUGCCAUCAUCAUCUUCUGCGGCCUCUCCCUCCUGGCCUGUGCACUUCCUACAACGUCUGUUUCUGCUUCUUCACGAUUACUGUCUUCAGCAUCUGCGGCGUCGACAUUGGCAUUUGCAGCAUCUACAGCGUCUGCAGCACCUCCCAUUAGCAUCAGCGCAAACUCCCGCAGACCCUCACCAGCUCCAGCUCCAGCUCCAGCUCCAGCGCCGUCGCCGGGCCACGGCAGCGAGUCCGAAACCCCACAGGCGACCGAAACCAGCACCGAAGGCGCCGCUUCAGCGACUCGCGCAGCACAACAGCAGCAGCAACAGCAGCAUCACCCCCUUCCUCUCGAGCUCCAGCAUUUGGCCGUCGAGGGGCAAGCAUCUCCAGCCUCGGAGCCUCUCUCCAUCCCGCCCUACAAGCCCAUCGUGACGCCGCCGCCGGACCAGGACGCGCAGCUGGCCGAGAUGGGCUACAGCAUGACGACGUUUUACACCUGCGACACGGUGGGUGGACAGGAACACUGCGGGUGGCAUGUACCGGUGCUCAAGGCGGAUGCGCCGACGAGGAGGACGGAUGUGCGGGUUGUCCUGGCGGUGGUGAGCUGUUUGGCCGGGAUUCUGGCCUGGGGGUUGGUUUGA